CGCGGGCCGCGCCAUGGCCGCCAAGGACAAUCCCUGCAGGAAGUUCCAGGCCAACAUCUUCAACAAGAGCAAGUGCCAGAACUGCUUCAAGCCCCGCGAGUCCCACCUGCUCAACGACGAGGAUCUCAACCAGGCCAAACCCAUUUAUGGUGGCUGGCUGCUGCUGGCCCCGGAAGGAACGGACUUUGACAACCCCGUCCAUCGCUCUCGGAAAUGGCAGCGUCGGUUCUUCAUCCUCUACGAGCACGGGCUGCUGCGCUAUGCCCUCGACGAGAUGCCGACCACCCUCCCACAGGGCACCAUCAACAUGAACCAGUGCACGGAUGUGGUGGAUGGGGAGAGCCGGACAGGGCAGAAGUUCUCCUUGUGCAUCCUGACACCAGAGAAGGAGCAUUUCAUCCGGGCUGAGAACAAGGAGAUCAUCAGUGGGUGGCUGGAGAUGCUCAUCGUCUAUCCCAGGACAAACAAGCAGAAUCAGAAGAAGAAGAGGAAGGUAGAGCCCCCAACUCCCCAGGAGCCUGGUCCUGCUAAAAUGGCUGUGACCAGCAGCAACAUUCCCAGCGCUGAGAAGAUCCCUGCCACCAAGUCCACGCUCUGGCAGGAAGAAAUGAGGGGCAAGGACCAAGCAGAUGGGGGCAGUGGCAUUGGCCCAGCCCAGAGCCCUAUGCAAGGCCAGGCUGGGGCUGCCAGCUCCAUGAAGGAUCCUGUGCUGGACAGCAAGGAAGAGGAGAGCUCCAUGAAUGGAGACCGGAUAGACUGCGGGCGGAAGACGCGUGUCGAGAGCGGGUACUUCUCCUUGGAGAAGACCAAACAAGACUCGAAGCUGGAAGAGCAGCAACUGCCACCCCCACCAAGCCCACCCAGCCCCAGCACCCCGAACAACAGGUACAGUUAUCCCAAAUCGCCCUCAGAGGAGCAUGCCCAGCCCUUUCCUUCCCCAGGUGUCCGAUCAGGCGAAGGAAUGAUUCACAGCUCCUCUCUGAACUCCUUGGACUCGAAGAGCAGUUGUCCCAUGCACAAGGACUCCAGCAACAGAGAUGUAGGAAGGGGAGCUGAAAAAUCGGGGCGUCCCCUUUCUUUUAAAGCCAGCCGGCAGUACACCACCCUGGCCGACGUUCCCAAGGCCAUUAGGAUCAGUAAUCGUGAGGCCUUCCAGGUGGAGAGGAAACGGCUAGAGCGGAGAACCCGGGCUCGUAGCCCUGGGAGAGAAGAAGUGGCCCGACUCUUUGGCAAUGAGAGAAGGAGAUCCCAGGUGAUUGAGAAAUUCGAGGCACUAGACAUUGAGAACGCGGAGCACAUGGAAACGAACGCGUCGGGAGGUGCUGCUCUUUCCAGCGAGACGCGGCAGGGCAGGAGUGAGAAGAGGGUUUUCCCACGGAAACGGGACUUCACUUGUGAAGGAGCAGCUGUGGGCUCCAUCCUGGAUGUGUCUGCGUCACCUCUGUCCCCACACCGCCGGGCAAAGUCACUGGACAGAAGGUCCACAGAGUCCUCUAUGACGCCUGACCUGCUGAACUUCAAGAAGGGCUGGUUGACAAAGCAAUAUGAGGAUGGGCAGUGGAAGAAGCACUGGUUUGUGCUGACUGACCAGAGCCUGAGAUACUACCGGGAUUCAGUGGCAGAGGAGGCAGCUGACCUGGAUGGAGAAAUCGAUUUAUCCACGUGCUACGAUGUCACUGAGUACCCAGUUCAGCGGAACUACGGCUUCCAGAUCCAUACAAAGGAAGGGGAGUUCACCCUCUCUGCCAUGACGUCGGGCAUCCGCCGCAACUGGAUCCAGACCAUCAUGAAACACGUUCGCCCCACCACUGCUCCCGAUGUAACGAGGAAAAACUUCUCUUUGAAACUAUCCGUGCUGAAGCCCAGCUCGCUGCCGGAAGAGAAAAGCAAAACAAGUUCUUCCUUCGAGACCGGUCCAAAGCCGAGCGAGAAGCUGGAUGUGGAACAAGCUGAGCUGGACACGGAGCAGAAGCGGAGCCGUGCCCGGGAACGCCGACGAGAAGGACGGUCCAAGACCUUUGACUGGGCUGAAUUUCGCCCCAUUCAGCAGGCCCUGGUGCAGGAGCGUGCAAACGCUGCAGACUCCUCCAGCAGCAGCUCGGCCGCCUUCCCCAGGGACGCCGGAGCCGCCGACGCCGACCCGGGAGAGCUGGAGCGGGAGCGGGCCCGGCGGCGGGAGGAGCGGCGCAAACGCUUCGAGAUGAUCGAUGCUGUGGAUGGGGCAGGGUCAGAAGAGGCACUGAGGAUGGAGGUGGACAGGAUCCUGCCCGUCCCAGCAGACAUCAAGCCACAGAACGUCCACGUGGAGAUCGAGCAGCGCUGGCACCAGGUGGAGACCACCCCUCUGCGGGAGGAGAAGCAGAUCCCCAUCACACCCCUGCACCUCGCCCACACCGAGGAACGGGAAGAGGGGCUGACGAAGCAGCACCUGACCACGCUGCUGGAGAAGGAGCUGGAGCAGAAGCAGAAGGAGGCCCUGGAGCUCCUGGAGCAGAACCGGCACCUGCAGGAUCAGCUGAAAGUGGCUCUGGGCCGGGAGCAGAGCGCCCGGGAGGGCUACGUGUUGCAGACCGAGGUGGCCGCCUCGCCAUCAGGUGCCUGGCAGAGGCUCCACAAAGUCAACCAAGAUCUCCAAAGCGAGCUGGAAGCCCAAUGCCAGCGUCAAGAGGUGAUCAAUCAGCAGAUUCAGUCGCUGAAGCGCAGCUACGCCGAGGCCAAGGACGUGAUCCGGCACCACGAGGCCGAGAUUCAGAGCCUGCAGGCGAGGCUCAGUAACGCGGCGGCCGAGCUCGCCAUCAAGGAGCAGACCCUGGCCAAGCUCAAGAGCGACCUGAGGAGCGAGAAGGAGAAAGCCAAAGAGCAGCUGGAGGAGUGGCAGCACGGCGAGGCCGCGCUCAGCUCCCAGCUGAAGGCCAGCGAGCAGAAGCUGAAGAGCGCAGAGGCUCUGCUGCUGGAGAAGACCCAGGAGCUGCGGGACCUGGAGAUGCAGCAGGCUCUGCAGCGGGACCACCAGAAGGAAGUGCAGCGGCUCCAGGACAGGAUCGCAGACCUCAGCGGGCAGCUGAAUGCCAGCGAGCAGGCACGGGUCCUCAUGGAGGAGAAGCUGCAGAAGAACUAUGAGGCUCUGCUGGAGAGCUGUGAGAGGGAGAAGCAGGUUUUGAUACGGAGCCUGAAGGAGGUGGAGGACAAAGCAAACGAGUACGAGAACCAGCUGCAGAACAGCGAGCAGCAAAUGGAGAUUCUGCAGAAGGAGAAGUUGAGCGCCAAGUUCGAAGGCAGCGAGCUCGUCCACCAGCUGGAGGAGCAGCUGGCCAUGAAGGAGGCCAGCAUCCAAAAACUUGCAGAGCACAUCAAGGAGCUCGAAAGAGAGAGGGAUCAGAUCAAGUGCCGGUUCCACGAGCUCAUGAAUCAGGUGGCCGAGUCAGAUAACGAAGUUGCGAAGCUACAAGCAAAGUUGAAAAUGGAAGAGACCAACUACCACAAUCUGGAGCAGUCAUUCGAGGAGGUGUCAGAUCAGUUCCGGGGGGUGCAGGAGGUGCUGAAAGAGAAAGAAGAAGAGCUGAGACACGUUAAGGAAAUGCACUUGAGAAUUGUAGAGAAGAAAGAUCAAGAUCUCAGUGAGGCUUUGGUUAAAAUGGUUGCGUUAGAUAGCAGUUUAGAGGAGACUAAAGUAAAGCUAAAGGCCAAGGAGGAGGCUUUAAAGAAAUUAGCUAGUGUGGGCACAGGGCCAUGUGCUGAGGAGGCAGAAGACCUUGGCCCCAGUCUUGAGGCUGACGAAAGUCAUCCAUCCCAACUGGGGCAGGCUCUGCAAACUCAGGAUGUCCUCCCAGCUCUGAAUUAUGCACUGAAGGAGGAGGAGGAGGAGGAGGUUCUUGAGACCAGUCAGAGGCAAGUGGAGGAAUUUGGCUCCCCAUCUAAAGUUGUAGAGCUCCAGGACCAAGAGUUGAUUCAGAAAGCCUUAGCAAAGCCUGAUGUAGGAAUCAUGGGGGCCAAGAGGCAAAGGAUCCGUUUUUCAAGCAUCCAGUGUCAAAAAUACAUCCAUCCAGAUGGAUCAGAGAAAAACUGGACAAGCAGUACAUCUUCAGACACAAGCCAGGACAGAUCUCUGUCUGAAGAAAGCAUGUCCUCAGAGCCAGCUCUGGGUUACCCCUCAUCAGGGACGAGCGAUUCUGAGACUUAUCUCUCCAUCAUCCAUUCCCUGGAAACCAAACUGUAUAUUACAGAGGAAAAGCUCAAAGAUGUGACGAUGAAACUUGAAAGCCAGCACGGCCAUAACCAGGAGACGCUCAUCGCCCUCCACCAUCAGUGGGCCAGCACGGAGUCCCAGCUGCGGGAACAGCUUCAGACCAGCCUGUCCCAAGUCAAUGCUUUGAUCUCACAGCUGGAGAGUGAGAGGCAGGAAAAGUUCAAGCUGAUAGAAAGUCACGUCAGCGAGCUGGGAGGUUUCCAGAUGAAAAACGAUCAAGCGCUGACUUGCUUAGAGAAGUGCAGGGAGCAGCUAAGAUCCUUGCCCAAAUCAGACAAGGAAAAAGAGGGUGAUUUGUUCCUUGUUACUCUGUCCAGCAUGGAAACAACUUUAUCAAAUGCAAUUCAAGCCUUGAGCGGGGCGCCAGUCCCAUCAGAGUAUCAGCAGAGCGAAAGCCUCACCACGGAGAGCCCCGCUCCAGAAGGAGGGGAUUUGGGAGAAGAGGAGCACAUCCCCAAGGAGCAGCAAGCAGAUGUGUUUGACACUGGCCAGCUGAGGUGGCUUUCUGAGAGGGUGGCAUUUGAGGCCUCUCUCAUCAACCAAAUAGCAGAGUCUUUGAAAAAUGCAAGUUCUGAGAUAGCCCAGCUUCUGAGAGAGAUCCAGGGAACGACCGAGGUGGUUUUGUUGGAGCCAGCAAGUGUUUCUCAUACAGCCAAUGAUUUGGCCAGCGUCCUGUCUAAAAAGCUGCUGCUGGAGGGGGAGUUCUGGAGCCAGGUAGAGGAGCUGAAAGCACACUUGAGCACUAGAGAAGGAGAAGCUGAGGGUAAAACAGAAACAAAUUUGGGCUUCUCCCCAUGUUUUCUCAGUGCUGUAGCAGAUGCUACAUUGAUCAAGGCAGAACUUGGGUUUGUUGCAGAGAAAAUGAGAGAAUCUUUUCAUCAGAGGUUAAAAACAAUUGAAGAAGAGCUCCAUAAUACCAAAACAGCUCUCCAGCAGCACAAAUGCAUGUUGGAGGAGAUCAUCAAAGCGUACAGGACUCCUGAGCUUGACAGAGUUAUGCACCAGAUUUCUGAAGCACUUGAAAUACAAAAAGAUGCUUCGGAAAGAACCCAGAUCUCUUGGGAUGGGAGCCGUCUCCAAAUGGUGCCGUGCCAGGAAUCAGCCAAGGUAGAGGAGACUGGCAGCACACCAGACUGUAGUAGUGAAGCUCUCGUUUCCAUUCAGGAAGAUCUUGCCCAGCAGCUGAAGGACAAAUCCAAUGUUCUGAAGGAGAUAUCUGUUGCCUUACUCUCUCUGCCUCCCGAGGAGGCCAUGAGAGACUGUCAGAAGCUCCUGAAGAUAUCCCAGAGUCUUUCCUACCAUUCGUGCAUGGGAGACCUGGAGCGGUAUUCGUCUUUGUUAGUCCACGAUGCCAUUGUUCAGGCUCAGGUUUGUUACGCCGCUUGCAAAGUCCGGCUGGAGCACGAGAGGGAGAUGAAGUCCUACAAGGAGUCCUUGCAGAGCAUGGAUGCGCUGUGCCAGGAGCGCGUGAAGACGGUGUCUCUCCUGCGGGACGAGUACGAGGAGCUGCUCAGGAAGCAGCAGGGCGAGUACAGCGAGGUGAUCGCCGUGCUGGAGAGGGAGAACGCUGACCUCAAGGCAAAGGUGUCCCAGCUGGACAACCAGCGGAGGCUCUUGGAGGAGGAAGGGCAUGAACACAGCAAGAGCUUGAGCGAGCUGCAGGGGCGGUACGAGGAGGAGAUCCGGAACGUGAUAGAGCAGCUCAACAGGACAGAGGAUGCCCUGAAGGCUGAGAGGAUGGACGGGCUCAACCAGCUGGACGCCGUUGUCCGCGACAAGCAGAACAUGGAGCGGUGUCACCUGGAGCAGAUGCAAACUCUGGAGGAAAAGUUCCAGGCAAAGAUCAAGGAGCUGCAGGUCAUCCACGGCGAGGAGCUGCAGGCGCUGCAGGAGCACUACAGCCAGAACCUGCAGCGCCUGCAAGAGACCCUUGAUGAGUACCAGAGGCAGCACCCAGAGGCGUCCCCCGCGGUGACCCGAGGCGCUGGGGACACCUGGGCAGCCGGUGAGGCUGGUGGCACCGGGCAGGACCCUGGCAGUGACCCGGACUCCAUGCACGGCCUGAGGGAACGCAUCCAGGAGCUGGAGGCCCAGAUGAAUGUCAUGAGGGAUGAGCUGGAGAACAAACAUCUGGAGGCGAACGCUUCCACUUUGAGGGAAAAAUACCAGAAAGACUUUGAAAACCUAAAGGCAACAUGUGAGAGGGGCUUUGCAGCCAUGGAGGAGACACACCAGAAGAAGAUCGAGGACCUGCAGCGGCAACACCAGCGGGAGCUGGAGAAGCUGCGGGAGGAGAAGGAUCGCCUGCUGGCAGAGGAAACGGCUGCCACCAUCUCAGCCAUCGAAGCCAUGAAGAACGCGCACCGGGAGGAGCUGGAGCGGGAGCUGGAGAAGUCCCAGCGCUCCCAGAUCAGCAGCGUCAACGCCGACAUCGAGGCCCUCCGAAGGCAGUACCUAGAGGAGCUGCAGUCAGUGCAGAGGGAGCUGGAGGUGCUUUCGGAGCAGUAUUCCCAGAAGUGUUUGGAGAACGCGCACCUGGCGCAGGCGCUGGAGGCUGAGAGGCAGGCCCUCCGCCAGUGCCAGCGGGAGAACCAGGAGCUCAACGCCCACAACCAGGAGCUGAAUAACCGCCUGGCUGCGGAGAUCACGCGACUGCGGACCCUGCUGACCGGGGAGGGCGGGGGAGAGGCUGCUGGGUCGCCUCUCACGCAGGGCAAGGACGCCUAUGAGCUGGAGGUCUUGCUGCGGGUCAAAGAAUCCGAAAUCCAGUACCUGAAGCAGGAGAUCAGCUCCCUCAAAGACGAGCUGCAGACAGCACUGAGGGAUAAGAAAUACGCCAGCGACAAGUACAAAGAUAUCUACACGGAGCUGAGCAUCGUCAAGGCCAAGGCAGACUGUGAUAUCAGCAGGUUGAAAGAGCAGCUGAAAGCAGCCACAGAAGCUCAGGGAGAGAAAUCCCCUGUGAACACCACUGUAUCGGGAUAUGAUAUUAUGAAAUCAAAAAGCAACCCUGAUUUCUUGAAGAAAGACAGAUCCAGUGUUAGCCGGCAACUAAGGAAUAUCAGGUCAAAGUCCGUUAUUGAGCAGGUCUCAUGGGAUAACUGAAAUGAACCCGAGUCCAGGUUCCCUGCCACGUAGAGUCUGAAGGAAGGCCUGACUGUGCAAGAACGCCUGAAGCUUUUUGAAUCCAGGGACUUGAAGAAAGACUAGUUCUCCCCGCUCCGCUUGACCACGCGCACCUCCCAGCUUGAGGCAGCACAGCACCAGCACCGUUUGUCUCUCGUUCCUUACGAUGUCCUCGCUGUCGUUCGUCCUGACGCCCCGACGGGACCCGGCGCCGCGCUGGCGGUGUCCCCCCCUCGCCUCCCCAGCUCCUUUCCCUGCUUGUGAGAUGCUCCAGAGACUCUGAGAGGGAGAGGAAGGGAUUGGAGUGGGGAUUUUCCCCCCCUCUCUUCGGCGCUUUGUAGGAGAAUCCUUUCUUUACUGUAAACCAUUACACUAAGUGUCAGUAUUAAGGCUCAGUAGCCUGUUAAUAAGCUAUAGCUCUGUCGGGAAGAGCGAGCAGGGCCUGGGUGGUGUCAGCCAGACCGAGCUCUUACUGCUGUCUAGAGACCCCGUGCUCAGAGCACACCAGGAGCCUGAUCUAACCAUUGAUCUCGACUGCAUUUCUUGCACCUGCAAGGGGGGAAAGCCGGGGGAAGCUGUCGGGGAGCGCGAGUCCGUGCCGGCGGCCGCAGCCUGGAGGUACAACAGUGACAUCUCGCUGGAGAAGGAUGCAAGAAGUGAUUCUCCUGCCCCGUGACUGUGCCGUAUCCUGAAUGUAGGUGCCACUGAAGCCUGGCAAGUUUUGGUGGCUGCCCAGGUGGUUGUGGAUGGGGAGCUGCAGCUACUGCCGUGCACCAUCGAGUCGGCCCCGUCGGCGCGUCCUCGCUCCCGUCUCGCUGGUGGUCGGAGUUGGUGUUCCAGGGGCCGAGCUGUAAGAUCACUUUCUUGCCUCUGUUAGAUCAAGCCCAGCACUCUUUUUUUUUUUUUUUUUUUUUUUUUUUCUUUUGCUGUUACUCCCUUCCUCUCAUUGAAUCCUGUGUAUCCCAGGGUCUGUGCGCAUGUGAAACUCCCUUUUCCUAGUCAAAGGAAAGUAGAGUAGAAAGUAGAGCCAAUAUUGACUGAAAAUGCACAGUGCUCAAUGCAUAUAAUGCUCCUUUUUUACCAGCUUCUUGAAUUCAACUCUUCUUGUCAGCAGGGCAGCUCCUAUUUUAAUUCUUUAAUCUUUUCCUGAAAUAAAAAUCUCAAAACCAGUAUGUGCUUCAGACCUUCUCAGUCCUAAUAGCUUUUCUAUUUAAAACAUGUAAUUUAGCACCAUGAGGCAGAUAAAUGCAUACAAACCAAGGGAUGAGGAACUGGUAGCUCUUAGAUGGUCACAGCCAGCUGAGCAGAGGCUUCCUAGAUGAAGCUUGUGCUGCUUUGAAGAUGUGGGGCUUUAUCCCAGGAUAAAUCUCAAGAUUCCACCUGGAAGGAUCCCAGGUCCUGCCUCUCUGGUCACCAAGGCUGAAGGAGACUGGCACAUUGGCUUCCCAGCCUGGUGAGGUGCUGAGUGACCACUUCAGGCUGGAAUGUGGAAUGGAGCAGAGCUUCCUCUUGUGCUUUGGGCACUCAGCCAAGGUUGAGCCCAGCAUAUCCUGGUGCUUCCCUGCUGGUUUUGGGUCUGGUGCUUGGUACAGGCGCAGCUCUCAGAGCCCACGGGGCUGGUGAAGCCACCCCCAGUCCUGCCAGGCUGGACCACAGCAGCUCUCAGAGUUACCUUCAUCCUCCUGGGAGCAGAAUCUCUUUUCCAGCUGCCAGACCCUCAGCAGGACACGGUGUCACUGACCCACAGUGGAAUCAGGCUCUUGUGUGGCCUUGCCAUGGCCAGGUGUCCAGCUUGGCACCUCACGGCAGGACUUGGCAGCCGCUCCUGGCUGGAGGAGCCCUGUUUGUGCCCAGGCAGGAUGCCAGCACCUUGCAGGGGGCAGAGCACCUGUUCUGUAGGGAUGCUCUGUGUGCCUGGGUGUGCAUGGAGGUCCUGGAGAUGGGAGCAGGGUAGGAAAGAUGCUCAGCCUGUCAGAUACAAAGCCUUUCCCUCAUCAGCAGCACGUGCCCGUGGAUGUGUGGAUGUGCAGCCAGUCCCUGCAUCCGAGACCUGGGAACCUUCCUACCGUGAGCCACCUGCAUCACCUCUCCAGCCACUUCAUCCCUGCCUGCUCCAGGCCUGUGGUGAGCUCUGGUCUCCCAGCAGUGAGAGGCAACAUGGAUUUGGGAUGGCACGUGGGCCUUGCCAUUGCUCUUCCCUCACAAGAUGUCACUGGCUCUAGGAGAACACCCUCCUCCUCCUCCUCCUCCUCCUCCUCCUCUUCUCUUUAGACUUAGGAUGGAACUUUGUCCUUUCUAGCCCACCAAGCACAACAUUCUGGUCUCCUUCUUGCCAUGUGGACCCUGACCUACCUUAGAUUCCCCAGCAAAUCCUGCUCAUAUGCUCUGGCUUGUAGGAGCAGACAUUUUCCAUGGGCUCCUCUGGAAAAAUAAAUGGAGGAUCUUGGUCUGCUGUACAGACAGGGCUGAGCAGUGGCCUUGACAUUGUCAGGAUCAGCUGCACCCUCGGGGCAGUGCUUGGGAAGGAUGUUUGGGGUGUGUUUACAGUGGGAGCUGUGAAUUCUGGGGGUCACUGAGAGGAAGAGGAGGGAGGAAGGUUCCUUAUGCAGCCAAAUGUUCUGAGCCCCUGCUAAGGGUUCUAGGCUCAUUCUGGUGAAUCUGAGCAUCUCUCCAGGGCAAGGGGCAGCACUUUACCUGCCUUUAGAAUAAAGAAAAAGAACCUGCAGCACCAAUAAACAUCCCCAAACUGAAAUAAUCCUGCAGAGCUCAGUACUUGAAAAUAAAGGGACAAGUCCUUUUACUCAUAGCAGUGAUCCUCAGUUAUCUUCUUGCUUCUUCCUGCUCCAGGCUUCCUCCACCUUUUGGGAUUAAUCAGUGGCUAUUUAAUUUAGAAAGUGUGUGGGCAAGCUGCUGCAUUCUGCAUCACUCCACACUGUUGAUAACACCAAAAAGGGAGGUUUAGGAAAAGUCAAGUGCAAUGAAGGCACAGGUGUCUCCUCAGUUCCAAGUAAUCUUAUUUUUCCUGAGUAAAAUUUUCCUUCCAUUUGCACCAUCUCCCCUUAGCCAGACUGAAUCCUUCUUUAAAUGUCACCUUUUCUUUGCCCACAUAUUAAAAAAAGAAGCAAAUUGUGUUAAUUUGCUUCAAAACCAGAAUUACUUAGAAUUGGUGCUGACUUGCAAACCAGAAAAUUCUUUUUUUUUAAUUUUUUUUUAUUUUUUAUUUGAUACCAGAGAACUGGGCUAUAGUAAAAAUGCUUACACUGCAAAAUAUGUCACUUUUGUAUCAACUCUAUUUGAUGGCACUUCCACAGGAUCUUUGCAUUUUUGUCCUGGUUUGGAUACUCAGUUUGUUGUGUAUACUCAAGCACUUGCUGUGGUUUGCCUUUGCUCUGUAAUUUUUUCCAUUUUUUUUUAGGUAAAAAAAAGCUUUCUUAUUCUUCUCUUUUUUAAGAACAAAAGUAAUUUAAUACCUGUAUAGUAUUCCAAGCGUGCAGUGUAAAUAUUUAUUCCUCAGCAGUUUGCAGAGGGUUCUCUUUUGUGACUGAGUUGUGGGUUUGAUUUUUGUCUUGUAGAACAGAGGCCCCACAUGUGGGUUGGGAGAGGAGCAACCCACCCCAUCUGCCCUGAUAAACUGCUUUUUUGGGGGUUUGAAGACUGUUUAAAAUACCUUUUCAAACCUUUUCUGCUGAUCUAUGCCUUCAGCUUCGAAAGUACCUGUCCAAAGAUUGUGUACAGUCUGUUUGACCACUGUAACUUACUUUGCUAUAAAUUUGGGGUAUUUUUUUCCAGUCAGAGGACUCAAUAAUCUCGUGUUUGAUCAACGCUGUGCAUGUGCAAACUGUGCCCUGUUGCUACAGAGAGCAGCAACAUCUCCCUGCUGAGCUCUCCUUGCACAGCCACACUGAGCACAGCGAGCCCUGGAUUUGGGAAGCACCAGGAACGCUGUGCAGCACUUUUGGGAUGCUCUUGGGCUUCCCGAGGGAGCCACAGCCUCCCCUGCACAUCCACGAGCUGUGGCUCACUGUAACUUCAAACACAGUGGAACUACCAGAAGAUCCAAGGCAGUGCUGCAGACACAGGGAGGGAGCUCCAGGCUGGGAACAACAAGCUCAGUGUGAGGCAGCUGAGGAAACCUGUGGGAUUUAUUAGAGAAACCUGACAAGUUGGUAGCAGCUGAACUAACCCAGCUGGCCCUGAACUCACAAAUAAUGGGUGCAAUUAGCAUUAUUUUCUUCAUGCUUUCUUCAGCCUGUGUGCAGGACAAGAACACUGUUCUCACCUAGAGAAAGCAAAGCAUGAGAAAUGGUAGAGACUGUGGUAAGUAGGAAGCAGGAAUGCUCUGACUUGGCCUGUGUCCACCUUCUGGAGUUCUGGAUGGCUUGAGAGUUUAAAGAAUCCUUUGGAAGGAUGGAGGUUUGGGGGGAGGGAAGGGAGCUCUGUGAGGCUGUGGGUGGUGUCUGAUGUGGCAGUUCAGGUAUUCAUGAAUGCUCAGUCUUCCUGCAGUGCCCUCAGCACCUGGCCCUGGCUCUGUCCGAGCAGAGCUUCACCCAACUGACCCAUGAUGGGGACUCGUUCUGGGUCAAAUCUGGGCACUCUGCUCUGCCUUGUGUGUCUGGGAACAGCCCAGGGCGGUUGUGAGCACUGGGGGUGAAGGAGUCAAGUCCCAGAGUCGUUUCUGUGAGGAUGUGAUGGAGCAGGAGCAGAGCAGGGCUGGGGUGCUGCAGCCUCAGGGCUCUCACACAUCACUUCUUCCCCCCUGCGAAGGGGAGGGGUGUGGAAGGCUCCUGUUUUUCCAUGUGUGUGAGUUCCUGUCCCCUUCUCCCUUCCACUCCCAGUUUAUUUCAGUGCUUUUUUAAGAGCCACCAUUCCUGACCAACUGCUCGCUGUAAUAGAAACGUCACUUUUUCUCACUGUAUUUAUUCCUUACAAACCUUGUGUGACAUGCUAGGCUCCCCAGGAUGUAGCUGAUCAUUUUUACUUUGUAAAUACAAUUACCUAACUUUACAUUAACUAUAUGGUAAUAAACUAUUUUUGCACCA